AGCAGCUCUUCUGGCAGUAUAAGAGGAGCUUACCUGAGCACACCAACAAAGACAAGAAAACGACUGCCUUAGAGGCCACAGACAUCUCUGACUGGCAGGAUAAUAGACACACAACAAGAGAUUGAACCAUGCGGUUCAGUGCCCUGUUCUUCCUUCUGAUCCUAGCAUGUCUCUACCUCACCUUGGCACAAGGCUCAUACGAGGACUGCUGUCUGAGGUAUGCCAAGAGUGUGGGGAAAGGCACACGCCGUAUAGUGAAAAGCUACAGGAAGCAAGAGACCGAUGGAGGCUGCAACAUCCCUGCAGUAGUUUUCACCACAAAGCGAGGACGGGUGUUCUGUGCUGACCCAAAUGAAAAGUGGGUCAACGACUUAAUAUCAAAGAUCGAAAACAAGAAAAACAUCAAAAAGCACAAAGAGAAAAGGAGAGGAUGAAGAAAAAAACUCCAUGAGGGCCUUAAAUAUACGCUACAGAGGAUCAAAUCCAUCAGCAGCCAUUCCAUCUUGCUGUAACAGAUAAACAGUCAAUCAAAACAAUUAUGAUGAUGCCUAGUUAGUGGGCAAUUGGGGAGGAAAAACUAUGCCUUUCAGCAUCAUUUUGCUUUCACGACAGUCAAAGGGCACCUGCUGCUUCAACAAGAACCUGAACUUUAUAACCAGUAGUGGUCAAUGGUUUUAAAUAGAUUGCUGGCGGCUCUAUUAAACCUGCUUGAAUUAAUAUGUCAGAAGGGAGAUAUUGUGAGUUUGUACUUUGAACACCACUCCUUGUUUGCAGUAGUAGAUUGUAAGUUGCUUUUGUGAUAAACUACUUGGACUGAAAAAUAUAUCAUAUAGUAUCAUGCAAAUUCUUCUACUUCCAUUAUCCUUUCCAGUUUGUGUACUCAGCACAAAAAAGGUAAAUAGUAAUAAAAGUAUGUAUAAUCUGUCUUGUAUGUUUUUGGUUUAUGAUUAAAAAUAUGAAUACACAUAGGCCAUUAUUACACAUUUGUUAGCUCUAUGUUCUUCAAUGUAUACUGUACAUGUAGAAACAAAUAAAAUAUGUUAAUGCUUAACAAAAAA